GUAGGGGUAGAAUAUUUACUUGGUUGGCACGGAGCAAAGGCAAAGGCAAAGAAAGAGAGAGAGAGAGAGAGAUAUUCAGAUAUCUAUUUGGGGGAAACGAUACGGCAAUUUCGGUUGCACGCAUAGAGAGAAAGAGGGAGAAGCUCUGGAUUCCACCUCUUCCCGUCCCUCGCGACGGUGCUUAUGCCGCUUGGCUUUCUCUAUCAGGUUCUGCUGGGCUUGGAUUUGAAGGAUUUUAAUUUCUAUCGUAAGAUAUGGAGCAAGUCCGCUUCUGGUCAAAUUGCUACCAAUACAGGGUGUUUUCGUUCCAGGAAGUUCUUGACUGGAGGUUUCUCAUCCUUGGAGAUUUUCUUUUGGUUUCCUUUGUUAAUUGCACUUAGCGGUCAGCUCUCAAAUGAUCAUUGCCGAAGGCGUAAUGCAAGUUUUUUCUAAGAUAGGUGUUGGAUCUUUAGUGCACUUGUAUAAUGCAUUGCUGAUACGACAUCCGGUAAAAAAUUUUGGGAAAACGUCUUCCGGGGGCUGAAGUCUGCCAUUCAAACUUGGAGGUUGCUUACCAUAGUUGAUAUUAGAUAAGCAGUUGUGUUGAGUCUGUGCAGACAGCACAAGUCUUAGUUAUUUUAUUGUUGCUCCUGAUGGGUGCUAAAUAGCUGAAGAUUUGACAACAAAUUCUACUUAGAAUAUGAGGUAGCUAUUAGUAGUUAAGUUUUAAAACCUUGGGAGACUGUGUCUUGAGGGAUCCUGCCUGUUGGCUAGGGAAAUCAAUUCUGGUUGGUUGUUUGAUUGUUUUAAAUAUGUUCUCUAGUACUUGUCCUUUCUUACCGUCCAUCCCGUCUUGCUGUCUUGAAGUCGUGGGAUUAGCAAUAAAUAAGGCUCUGCAGCCCGUCCAUCAUAAAAUUUCUGGUGUUUGGCUCUUGGGUGUCAUGGCAGAAAAUUAAUGGUGGAUUCAGCUGAACGAGUGAGGCACUUGUGUAUAUCUUAUAAUAUUUCCGAAGGAUCAUCUACUGAAGAUAAAUGCUAUUUUUCUUUAGUGAGUUAGUAUACUUUUCUUGAAUAAAGAAGGGAGUCGCGUUUGUUCCACAAUGAUGGAGAGGUACAAGUUAAUCAAGGAAGUUGGAGAUGGAACAUUCGGAUGUGUUUGGCGAGCUAUUAAUAAGGAGACUGGUGAAGUUGUUGCAAUUAAGAAGAUGAAGAAAAAGUAUUACUCAUGGGAGGAGUGCGUAAAUUUGAGAGAAGUGAAGUCAUUACGGAAAAUGAGUCAUCCAAAUAUUGUGAAGCUUAAGGAAGUCAUUAGGGAAAAUGACAUCUUGUAUUUCGUGUUUGAGUACAUGGAAUGGAACCUAUACCAACUCAUGAAAGACAGGGAAAAGCUUUUCUCUGAAGCUGAAGUCAGAAAUUGGUGUUUUCAAGUUUUUCAAGGUCUUACUUACAUGCAUCAGCGUGGAUAUUUUCAUCGUGACCUUAAGCCAGAAAACUUGUUGGUUACAAAGGACAUAAUCAAGAUUGCUGAUUUUGGUCUUGCUCGGGAAAUCAACUCGCAACCACCAUAUACGGAAUAUGUCUCGACACGUUGGUAUCGAGCCCCUGAAGUGCUGCUUCAGUCAUACCUUUAUAGCUCUAAAGUUGAUAUGUGGGCAAUGGGUGCUAUAAUGGCUGAAUUGUUCACUCUCCGUCCUCUUUUUCCGGGUAUUAGUGAAGCAGAUGAGAUAUAUAAAAUAUGCAGUGUUAUCGGCAGCCCAACUAAGGAUUCCUGGGCUGAUGGACUUUGUUUGGCAAGGGAUAUCAACUACCAGUUUCCCCAGUUUUCUGGUGUUCAUCUUUCUGUAUUGGUUCCAUCUGCAAGCAAUGAUGCGAUCAGCCUUAUGACAUCACUUUGUUCUUGGGAUCCUUCCAAGAGGCCAACAGCUGCUGAGGCCCUUCAGCAUCCUUUCUUCCAGAGUUGCUUUUAUGUUCCACCAUCCCUGCGUUCCAGGGUUGCAGUUGCUAGAACACCUCCCUCUGCCAGAACAAGGGGAGCAUUGGAACAACAAUCUGCUAAGAGACAUUCUGGGGCUUUAACUACUUCAAAGCUAACCAGCAAUUAUCCUUCUCCUAAGUUACAUGCUUCCUUAAGCACAGGUGUGCAACGCAAGCUGGAUUUGGUUGACCAGGACAUGAGUAAGAAUGAUAAAUCUCUCAAGAGCUCUGUUAAACAACCAAGAUAUCGGCCACCAGGAAAGAACAGCCCAACCUCCACUAACAAGGGGAAGACUGGUCGGGGAGUUUUGGAGGCAACUGAGAAGUUAGCAAACAUGACCCUUGGUUCUCGGAGGCAGUUUGUUGGGCAGCCACGUCACUCUCCCAUGAAGACUGGAGUCCAGUGCCCACCCAUGAAGGCUGGAGUCCAGUGGAAUUCUGGAUCCGGCGACAUGUUUCUCAGGCAUGCCCAGGACAUUCAGCAUGGCAGAACAUAUUCGAGGAAAGUUGUGGGUUGAAGGACAUUCAGCAUGGCAGAACAUAUUCGAGGAAAGUUGUGGGUUGAAUAAAACGCUCGCUGAUGGCAUACAUACAUACAUAUAUAUAUAUAUAUAUGUGGAAUGUGCUAGUACCUGCUAUAUCGGUGGCUUUGUGCCUACUUUUGUUUUGUUAAGACAAACAUACGUACCAAGUCCUCUGUCACUUAUAUUUGUCCUAAGAUACUGUCCUCUGUGUUGUUGACAUAAACUUAUUUAGUUGGAAAUGUUUGUUGCUUGUUAA